GUGAAUGCAUUGCGCACGCCAGCCUUUCAAAAUUACAGCUUGCAACGCUAGAGGAAUAUAGUACAACAUUCGAAGAUCUCGUGACAGGGAAUCUAAAGGCCAGUUUCUCUUCUGAUGUAUAUGGCUAUUCACCAAUCAGUUAUUCACUGCUUGCUGAACAUACUGCACAAUUUCAAGCUUGCGCAGUAUUCAUCAGACGAGAUAUCCUCAGGCACCGCGGUGCCAGCUCUGUCUACUCUGCCUCGGCGAGACUAGCAUGUUCAGGUCCUCUCAAUAUUUCGGUUCCCUCAGCAGAGCAAUACCAGGGUUCUGAUGCGAUGAAUCUCUAUUUUGAGAGACGUAAACACUUCAUAUGCCAAAGUCAGAUUCUGCCAGUGCACAAUUGCCUGCCUCGCCUUGCACUUGAUAUAGUGCGAAUCUGUUCUCAAGCCGUCUUCGACGAGUUGCGAAAGAUAGUCACCGAAUAUAUCAUCCGGAUGAUAUAUUUUGUUAUCGAGGUGGCUACCUACUGCAUAUUGCGCUGUCUAUGGAAACUAUGCUUUAUGUGCUUGCUCGUCAUUCUACUCAACAUAUUGUCUGGCCCCAAAUCGAACUCCUGCUAGGUUGAAGCUUUCAAUGUACACCUUUGUCAAGUAUGACGGAAGGAAAAGCACGAUCCUAAUAUAGACCCAACAACGCAGGUUCGAGUUCCCAUCUGAACGGCAUCGCGGCUCCCAGCUUUGCUCUCUUCUUCUCUUGUUCAUCUGUUCUGGCAAGCUUUGUAUCUCAUGAUGCUCACCGUUAAUCUCACACGCCUCAAUGAGGACGUCCGCCAUCCACGGUGUUAGUUAAGUUCAGGUUACGGAGAUCAGGAAUGGACGUUUCCCGCUUGACUUGGAAAUAGUUGGCACCUACAGAGAGCUGACCGGAGCCCUAAAUGCUUGUAGCCGUUGAGGAAGUUGCAAAUAAGUCAUUUGACUACGUUGUGAUCGGCGGUGGUAAUGCAGGAUUACCUCUUGCAGUCAGACUCAGCGAAGAUCCAACGGUCUCCGUUCUCUUGCUCGAAGCUGGGGAUGCCAACCUAAAUCAUGUUGAGAUUUUAAGACCCGGAUCGUUCAUCCGACAUUUCUUUGGGAAAGAAUAUGUCUAUCCCUACAUGACGAACAAACAAUUAUUCCUCAACAAUAGUGUUCGACCUUGGUUUCGAGGCAAGGGCUUAGGCGGGUCGGCUGCAGUCAAUUUUCAACUGUGGAUGAGGCCUCCUGCCGAAGAAGUCAAUGAUCUUGAACGGCUCGGAAAUGCUGGAUGGAACUGGGAUGAUUUCCAGAGAUUGAUUCGUAAAGUCGAAAGGUUCUACCCCCCGACGACGGAGGUACAACAGAGACUAAACUCGGACUGUAACAAUUGGAAUCUUGGUUCCGAUGGCCCAUUAGCGAUCGCUCACCCUGCAACAAUUCCCGAUGUAGACCUCAAGCUCCAACAAACGGUUCUGAACUCUGGCAUUGAAUUGGCAUGCAAUCCCCUUGGCGGAGACCCUACAGGAACGUUCUUCGCUCCAUGCACCUAUGACCCGACGACCCAUACUCGAGCUUAUCCAACUACGGCUUACUACCUACCAAACAAGGAGCGUUUGAAUCUGAAAGUUCUCGUCUUUGCUCGGGGAAAUCGUCUUAUUACUACGAAGGAGCUUGAUGGAAGCAUAGUCGCCACUGCUGUCGAACUCGACCAUGGCGGCCAAAUCUAUACGGUUAACGUCACACGAGAAGUUGUCUUAUCUUCUGGAACUCUCAAAUCACCUCAUAUUCUCGAGCUCUCAGGUAUUGGGCGGAAAGACGUGCUGGAAAAGAUUCACGUGCCGCUUAAACUGGAACUCCCAGGGCUAGGAGAGAAUGUACAGGAGCAUUUACUCAUCGCGAUUAGCUAUGAAAUACGUGAUGACGUGCAGUUUGACACCAUUGACCUACUUCGCGACUACCCAGAACUCGUCGAGAAACAUGCUGAACUUCGAACAUCUGGUGAAGGCAUUUUCACCAUGGGCCUGACAAACGCCACCUUCGCUUCAGUUGAUACAAUUUCCUCGAAGGCUAGGGCUAUCAUUCAAGGCGCCAGAGAUGCGAUACUGGCGAAGAUAGAAUCAUACUCGUCUGCAUUGCAAGAGCAGUACAAGAUUCAGUUGGAACGUCUGGAAAACGGCGCACCUAGCUGUGAGAUCGUCAGUUUCCCUGGUUUAUCAACUAUGUACAAUCCUCCAAAGUUCGGGAAAAGAUAUCUCACAUUAGCUGUUGGACUAAAUCACCCUUUCUCGCGUGGAACAAUUCACUCCCUCUCUUCAGAUCCAGCAGUCGAUCCCGAGUUUGACCCACAUUAUCUUGAUCAUGACAUUGAUCUUCAUAUUAUGACUGAACUUGUCAAGUUCACAAGAGGCUUAUCACGUAUAUCGCCUUUAAAGGAUGUUAUUGCCAAGGAGCAUAACCCUGGUCAGGGUGUCCAGACUGACGAGGAAAUCAGAGAGUGGAUCAGGGAUAGGUGUAGCUCGUUCUGGCAUACUGCCGGAUCAUGUUCGAUGUUACCUCAAGCGUCCGAUGGUGUGGUUGACGAAAAGCUCAAGGUCCAUGGCACUACUAAUAUUCGGGUGGCAGAUCUUUCGAUACUGCCACUUCACUUUGUUGGCCAUCCGUCUUCUUUCGUGUACUACAUAGCAGAGAAGGGAGCCGAGAUCAUCAAAGCAACAAGGUCUGAUGAGCAAGUAAAAGAUUUGUAGAUUUUCUUUCGUACGUAUGGAUGAUAACUGCUCGGUCCAAUAAUGACGUUGGCGAUGCCUUCUAUCUGCC